UCCAAAGAAAAAAAAUAUAAAGCGGGAGCGAGAGACAGAGACAGAUAGACGGGCAGACAGAGAGGAGCCGCGCCGUCAUCUCCCCCCUCACCACAGCCAAGCUCCUCGCUUCCCGGGGAUUGCGGCGGAGGGAGAAGCAGCACUAUGAGCCCUUCCGUCUGUCAUAUUCCUUUUCUUCUGCUGCUACUGUUGCAUGUGGUCAUUGCUAGACCAUUGUUUCCACUACCAAGUAAGGCUGGCAAUGAAGAGAAGAAGCCCAUACAGACAUUUCGACCAUAUAACAUUGCUCACCGUGGGUCAAAUGGGGAAAUCCCUGAGGAAACAACUGCCGCUUACCUGAGGGCUAUUAAAGAAGGUGCAGAUUUUAUAGAGUCUGACAUCCUUGCUAGCAAAGAUGGGGCAUUGAUCUGCUUUCAUGAUGUAACACUUGAUGAAAUGACUGAUGUUUCUAGCCGCAAGGAAUUCGCCAAUCGAAGGAGAACCUACGAGGUAGAAUGGCUAAAUGUCACAGGCUGGUUUGUAGUGGACUUCACACUUGAGGAACUUAAAACACUGAAACUGAAGCAGCGAUACUCAUUCAGAGAUCAACAAUACAAUGGUAAAUAUUCAAUCAUCACAUUCGAAGAAUUUAUUUCAAUUGCCUUAGAUGCAAGCAUAACCGUCGGAAUAUACCCAGAAAUUAAAGAUCCAGUUCAUAUCAACAAGCAUGUAAAGUGGGCAGAUGGAAAGACGUUUGAGGACAAAUUUGUGGAUACCUUACUAAAGUAUGGAUAUAAAGGUCAAUAUAUGUCUGAGAAUUGGCUAAAACAGCCAUUGUUUAUACAAUCCUUCGCUCCCACUUCCCUUGUACAUGUAUCAAAAUUGACAGACUCUCCGAAGAUCUUUCUGAUUGAUGAUUUCUCAGUCAGAACACAAGACACAAAUCAGUCAUUCUGGGAAAUCACUUCAGAUGACUACCUUGCAUAUAUUAGUAACUAUGUUGUCGGCCUUGGUCCAUGGAAAGAUACUAUUGUUCCAGCUGUAAAUAACUAUUUGAUGGCACCAUCUGAUCUUGUUGCAAGAGCACAUGCUCAUAAUCUACAGGUACACCCUUAUACAUACAGAAAUGAGAAUCAGUUCCUGCACUUCAACUUUCAUCAGGAUCCAUAUGCUGAGUACAAUUUCUGGAUAAACACGGUGGGAGUUGAUGGAUUAUUCACAGAUUUCGCUGGAAGCGUACACCAGUACCAAGAAAUGAUAUCUCCGCACCCCAAGGAUGCAACUGCGAACAACCUCCUAGUAAAAAUUGCUCAGAUGAUCGCAGCAUAUGAAGGCCUCUGAAUAAGUGUGGGUUACUAAUACUCACUCGCAUUUUAUGGGGAUUGAUGCGCAAGACCAAAAUGAGUUAUACAUUUCACGUUCCGUGGGAAUCUUAGAAGGUUUUUUUUUUUCUCGAACACACGCCAGAGCAUGUGUCUUGGUAUAUCAGUGGGUUACAACCACAUAGCAAAGCUACAAGAAAGAGAAAACAAAGAAGAGAAAAUAAAAGGUAAGAAAACAAACUAUACAAAGCUAAAAGGUAAAAAGGGAACCUUAGAAGGUCACCAACAGACAAUGUUUUCUAGUGGUUUUGGAGUUAGCACGAGUUUUUAUGUACCUCGCCAUGAAAUCCCUGAAUCUAGAGGGAAAAUUUCUACUGUCGCAAUAAUCAUUUACCUAUGUAUAUUAGAAGUUGCAAGUUGUAACAGGUAGUUCAUUUCUUAUCCGAUGGGAUUA